CUGGAUUCACUAACGCUUCGCAGAUACGACGUUCUUAAGUGGAUCCAAUAUGGCGGAGAUAAGAAUGUCGUAUUUUGCUAUUCCCAAAAAAAUCUUAAGUCCGCCAUGUUUAGAUUUUUCUGCCUUAGCGCUGUUUCACACUUCCGCCGACAGACGGCAGUGGUGUGGUGUUCCGUUCCGUUCCGUUCCGUCCCUCUGUUGUUGACAUUUUUCCCUCAACCAAUAGGAACGCUUGAUACAUAUGUAAUCUAGAGACAGUAGCCAAUCACAGGAACGUAAACAGUUACACGUGGGCCAGUGAAGAAAACAAUAACAAAUCAUAAGGUAUGAACACAUCAAGAACAUCUCAUAUGAAAUGGAAAACAAGAAAAAAGAAAAUAACUGGGACAUCAUCAGCAAUCAGGAGUUGCCGUUCCAAAGGCUACAACUACGCAUUUACAUCAACGUCGCGUCCUCUAUCCACGCCGCAGCCGCAGGAGCCACGCUGAAGAAGACACCAUGGCAGCCCCUUCAGCCAAGAAACGCCGCCCUAACUUUUCCAACGAAGAACUUCUAGUCCUUAUUAGGGAGGUGACAGACAGAAAAACAAUGUUGCUGGGUAAGCUGGACUCAACACGUGUCACGAGGGAGGGGAAGAACAUGGCGUGGCUGGCUGUGCUGGAGGCUGUCAACGCUGUUGGCGUCACCAGAAGAACUGAGGACGAGGUGAAGAAGAAGUUUCGUGAUUUCCGCUCAUUCGUAAAGAAGAAGGUUGCUGAUGCAAGACAGGAAAUGCUGAGAACAGGAGGAGGACCAACCGCAGACACCAAAUUGAGCGCUGCUGAGGAAGCAAUGGCUGCAUUAAUCAGCGAGGUUGCCAUUGCUGGACAUGCUGAUGUCCCUGACUCUGAAGAAGUUCCAGGAGGCUCAAUGUUUUCUGAAGUUCAAGAGGAUUAUGUAAUCAUGGAGCAUGAUUACUUCCUGCCUCAAAUGUCCCCAGAAAGGCUGCUGGGUAUUACAGCACCCAGCAGCCCAGACCCUUCCACUUUUGAGCCUACUUCAGGAACGCAAACAGAUGCUACAGCACCAAGCCACCCAGAGCCUUCCAGUUCUAGGCUCACUUUGGAAAGACUGACCGGUGCUGCAGCACCUAGCAGCCCAGGCCCUUCCACUACCAGGCCCAGGGUGGAUCCACAUGGGAGGUUUCCCAAAAGAAAGACAGACCCUUUGGCACCAGAAAUGCUGCAAGUUCAAGGAGAAAUAAAGGUUGGUGUUGAAAAGUGUGCUAAUUCACUUGAAAAAAUAUCAGUUUCAAUGAAUUCCAUGGCUCAAAGUUUUCAGGACUUUGUUGAGUUCUACAGGGCACGGAAUUCAAUGUAAAUAAUUUUCUUAUGGUAAAGGUCUUUGUUUUGGUUGUAAGGAGAACAAUUUAAUUAGGUUGUAUUCCCUUUAACAGUGCCUUAAUCCACAGUUCCUAGCUCAGUAAGAACGCUGCUGAUUUGGUCUUGGCUGAUGUGGUGUCUGCUGUCUUUGUCACCCAACACAACAAAAUUUCAUAGAUUCAAGAAAUAUUCAUAAUCAUUUACUUGGCUUCUCUUACACAAGAUAGGUAGAUUUAUUUCAACAUUUUAGGAUGAAUCUGUGAUUUUACAAUUAUAUAGUGGUUUGCAAAACUUGUUUGGGUAAAAAUAAAGUAAUUAUGAUAAGUAUAUGCCACUCUAUAAAGGUAUGUGAUUGCUUGCACAAGACACCACUUACUUGCAUCAUGAAAGACUGAUCUUGAGGGAGAAAGAUUUCAGACAGACUUAUGUGAUGACUACGUAACAUAACUGCAUUAGUUAUGUGUCAGCAGCAGUCUCAUGGCUGGGCACCAGUCGGUUAUGUCUUUUAAUAAUUAUCAGUGAACUGCCACAUCUUGCACCACAACUGUGCCAGAUCACUAAUCACUAUUAGAAAACAGAGUCGACUGGUGCCCGGCCAUGAGGCUGCUGCUGACAGGUAACCAAUGCAGUUAUGUCAUGUAGCCACCAUAUAAGUGUCUAAAAUCUUUCAUUCCCAACCGUUUUUUUUUUUUUUCCCCCCCUCACUGUAAGUAUGAAGCUGAUUCGAGUGUGUUGGGCAUCAGAGAUAUCCGACAGCCAAUCAGCAACGUAGUUAUGUACUCAGCUAGGAGUUAUGAAGCCAGUUUCAGUUAACUAUUAAAUAAGGUUACAAUAGUCAAGUACCUGUUUAUGUAAAAAAAAUGCAUUUAUUUAUUUAUGAAGUUCUUGUGUAUUUGUUUAAAAUAAGUUAUUUAUUUCUUAUCAAUGGAGUCACUUUUUUAUGUAAAAAAUAACCUUUUAUAUUGCCAAUAUUGUAGUCCAUGUGUUUAUGUAAAAAAUAUUCUUGUCAAUGGAGUCAAAGUGUGUUUAUUUUAAUAUCUUAUUACUCCGGUUAAUUUAGACAAUAUUUUUUUUUUAAGAAUUUUUAUAUAUAGCAAAUUUAUUACAAAAAGAUCUCUUAUUUUCUAGUCUCAAUGGUGCAGUAUAAGUACAAGAGUAAGGAAAUGUAUUUUUACACUGACAUAAUAUAUAAAAAAAUAUAUAAAGAUAUUUGACUCAACCUGAAAACAGUAUAUUUACCUUAAUCUAGCAAAGUACCUUGAGACUGUGUAGUACUUGAACUUAUUAAUGUAUUAUAUGGCAAUUCAGCAUUACAGUACAAAUGCUUGUUGGAUGAGUUCUUGCCUCUCAACCCUCCCAUGCCCAACAUUUACAUUACCAAUAUCAGGUGGAUGAGCUUCCUCGUGAUAUUCAACAGCAUCUUGCAUGGGUAUACCUCUCCUCACACAUAAGUUAUGCAGGAGCAUACAAGCUACUGCAAUUUUUCCACAGCGGGCAGGAUCAUACUGGAGUGCCCCUCCUGAUCUAUGAAGACAUCGGAAGCGUGUUUUGAGAGUUCCAAAUGUCUGUUCUACAACAACACGUGUCCUCAUAUGGCU